UGUGGGCGUGGGCGCGGGUGUGGGUGUGGCCGCCCGCGGUCGGCCACGCGCGCGGAGGAUGGUCAUUUUUCUGGGGCCCAGGCCGGGGCAUCAUCCGGGAUGGUUCUCUCUCAACCUCGUUCUCUUUUGGAAACUCUCUUUGGAAGGACACGAGGAUUAACAAUGACCACUCGCUUCAAGCACACUCGCAAGCUCCGCGGUCACGUCUCUCACGGUAAGGGUCGUGUCGGCAAGCACCGCAAGAACCCCGGUGGUCGUGGUAACGCUGGUGGUAUGCUCCACCACCGCACCAACUUCGACAAGUUCCAUCCCGGUUACUUCGGUAAGAUUGGUAUGCGCUACUUCAACCGCACCCACCAGCAGUACUACACCCCCGUCAUCAACGUCGACAAGCUGUGGUCUCUGGUCCCCGCUGAGGCCGCCGCUGCCCAGACUGAGAAGGAUGCCCUCGUCAUUGACUGCGUUGCCAACGGCUACUUCAAGGUCCUCGGCAAGGGUCACCUGCCCAAGAAGCCCAUCGUCGUCCGCGCCAAGUUCUUCUCUGAGCUUGCUGAGAAGAAGAUCAAGGAGGCCGGUGGUGUCUGCAUCCUCGUCGCCUAAGCGCACGCAGAAUGUACCCGCACCUCUUUUCCUCACAGACGUCGACCCUUUUGUUUGCUAGCAGCCAUGUCCGGGGGGAUGCGGGGCGGUGUUUCUUCCCCUCCUCUCCGUGUGUGUUUGCUGCAGACCAGGAAGAGGAGGGAGGAUGCUCCUCUCCUCUUGUUGGCGGGGGCGCGAGAGAGCCGCCGUGUUGUCCGCGCGGGCGGGGGGUCCGAGGCGACAGAGAGAGGGGCGCUCCGCGCGCGCACAUACACACGCGCCUGCGCCUCUCUCUCCCCCUCUCUCUCUAUCUCUCUCCGCCCUCCUCCCCCCUGUCCUCCUUCUCGGCGACUGGCGGCAAAAACCCAGCCCUUGUCUCCCCUUCAUCAAUACAACUGGCAAGUUCCAAA